CCUGGGACGAAUCCUGUACAAACCAGACGAGACAGGGCAGAGUUCCAACAAAACCAAAAAAAAAAAAAUCUGCCUAGGAAGAAUAUCACCCAGCGAUCGCUAUAUAGGUAUCAUCUCAUCCAAGGCUUGGUUAGUGGAGGCAAUCUUGCUGCCACGAGCUGGCAAAAUGCAAGGGUUUCUUUUGCUGCAGCAUGGCCUGUCUGUCUGCCUGUCUGCCUGCCUGACGAUGACGUGCCCAUCUCCGCUCAUCUUCGUUAAUUCCAGGGCCGCCGCAAUAGGCGACCCGAACUGCUGCGACCGCCGGCCUGUGUGGAGUCGGGGGAAAAUCUCACUCUCGAAUCCUGCUUCCGGGAGGUGCCUUGGAAGGAGGCAAUUGGAACCAGGAAGGAUGAGGACACAGAGUGAGGUAAGCAGGGAUGCUCCGCCUGAGGCCGUACCUGGAAUAGUGCGAGGUUGGUGGGACGGAGGCCCCAGCGGGCUUGAGGAUGUGACGUUGGAAUCGCCGGUUCAGGCCAGUCAAGCCACACGCUCACGUCGUGUGCUCUGCUGGCGGUCGAAUCAGCAGGCAGCGAAAGACUCUGGCGGGGUGGCAUUGCAUUUGUUCUGCGCCAAUCAGCGCUCCAUGUGGGGGUGUAUCUUGCUGAAUGCGCCAGUUGGUGGGUCGUCAGGACCCGCAUCCGUCUUGAAUUGAC